AUGGCUUUGGUGCUAAUACCGACUCCAGGCUGUCAGACGGGGCAGGAGCAUGAGGCCGAUGCUGAGUGGCAAAGCCAAGUGUUUGUUUCCCUCGCCCACAGGGACGAGGAUGGCAGCCUGGAUGGGGACUUCACUGAUGAGGAAGAAGUGGCAGUUGAAGAUGAUGCUCUGACGGAUGAAGAACGUAGGUUUCUAGAACAGUUCCAGAGCUGGAAAAAGAAUGAAAAGAAGUGCAUUAGAAUACUCUAUGCCAUCGCAGACCACAUUGACGAAAGCCACCAGAAAACUACCAAGACCAAAGUAGUGACUUCCUCUGCGUCAGUCAUCUCUGGAGUCAUGAGUCUCCUGGGUUUGGUCCUGGCUCCAACAACUGCAGGGGGAAGCCUGGUACUCACCGCUAUUGGGCAUGGUUUGGGGGCAGUUGCUGGGGUCACCAACAUCGUGGCCAAUGUGAGGGAAAACUCUCGAAAUAAAAGAGCCCUAGCUCAGGCCAACAGCAUCGUGCCUAGAAGUGACCAGGAGUUUGAGGAGGCCAAGGGAGAGAAGACGACCUAUGUCACAGCCGCCGGUGAGCUUGUCUACAAAUGUGGGAGCACCUGGGACAUCAUCAAAAGGCACCUCCGAGCCCUCCGGAUAACCAGAACGCAACCCCGUGUUACCUCAGCUGCCAAGAAACUCAUGACUGCCGGCCAAAUAUCAACUCGAAGCAGCGGGCAGGUGCAAAAGGCCUUCGGGGGCACAGCCCUGGCAAUGACCAAGAAUGCUCUGAGGAUGGGACGGGUAGCUGCUGCCUUGUCCCUUGGCCAGGAUAUAUACUCUCUCUGGGAGGACUGGAGAGAUCUGAAGGCUGCGGCCCCGACUGAGCUUGCAAAGGAGCUAAGAACGCGGGCAGCGGAACGGGAGCAGGUGUUAGUGGAAUACGCCCGUCUCUACAAAAGGCUGAAGGUAAGGGCCAGGUUCUGAAAGAGGCCGGGAGGCAGAAUACGGAAUCUGUGCAGCCAUGUAGGUCUGACGUUGUGAAGUCUGUAGUCUCUCACCGCGUUCCCAUAGCUGUGAUAAAGACCACGCUCAAAAGCGUUUAUUUGGCUUACGUAUCCGAAUCACAGUCCAUUGAAGGAAGGCAAGGCGGCGAGAGGCCAAACCUACUCCAUCUUGGGACUGGUGGCCAUCUUAAA